AUGCAGGUGCGUUCCUCAAGUCUCCCUCUCUCCCUCAUCCCCCUGGUCUCUUCCUCAUCGCCGAGGAGGGACAGCCAUUCAGGCCCAGUGCCUGAUGCUGGCCUCGCCUUUACGGCCGACCCCCCUCCUCGUCCUGGCGAUCAGCGAGUCUCUGCCGCUGUUGGAUCGGCCGCAUUGACUGCCCAUCGGGUCCCGGACGAUACUGGGGACAAUGAGACUGACCUCCCUCGCCCCACACAGGCUUCCACGAGUGCCCCUGAGGCUGGCGGAGGACACACGACGCGGAGAGGCCACUCACCCCAUCUCUCGAUCAGCGAUCCAAGCCACCAUGUGACGGAAGCCAUCGGGCACAUGUACGACGAUGACUACGAUCGCAAUGAUCCCAGACGCCUCAGCUAUAUCGCAUCCCCCCUCGGCGAGUCAAUAACUACGAUUCCGCGAGCCUCCGCAGCGUCCGAGUCUUCCCCCGCCAACUUGACAUCCACACCACCCCAGAACUCGCCGGUCGAGGGACAGCCCAAGCACACAAAUGGACACCUUCGGCCGCCGCCCGUGGGACAUCGGUCUUACGACCGUGAUAGUGAACCCGGAUCGCCAGACUCCACGCGAUCACCGUCGGAAACCGCAACCGCCUCCUUCCCUCUGAACGAUAUCGAUUAUGAGUCCGAUCCAGCCGCGGUGGUCCAGGAGUUAAACAACCUCGCUGCCAUCCGACGCAUGUCCAUGGAUGUCGCAGCGACGGGCGACCCUGAUCUUCCAUCCUACGGCAGCAAUAACCUCCCAAUCCCGUCCCUACCUCCCUCCCCAUCGGCCGACGAAAACGAUGCCUCGCGGUUGUUCUGGGUCCCGGCAAGCCUGCACCCCGAACUGGCACCGAAGGAGUUCAAGUCAUUUCUCGAAAGCAAAGCCGACCUCAUUAAACGGAAAUCGGGCGAUUUCUCGGCUCUUGGGCCGGAGCGGCAGGGAUCAGGAAGCGGGCUCCGUCGCAAACGGUCGAUGCUCUCUCGACAAAUCGACAACUCGUCGGGCUACACGGACGGUGCGGAACGGCUAGAGCGUCAACGAUCGCAUUCGAGUCGGCGGGAUGGCAUGCUGAGCCCCAAUCUGCAGGAGCUGGAAACCUUGGUGGACGACUCGAAACCAGCAUCCCAGGAUUCCCUGGUGCGGGAAAUGCAAAAUGCCAGCAUCACUGCAAGCGAAGACAAACCGAUUUUGCCUCCGGCUCCGCCUGGCCACAGCCUGCGAAGAUCGACCCGGACACAAUACAAGAAAGGAAGCUUGAAAAAAGGUGAAAAGCCUCCUUACUCGAAGCGAGUGGGGAGGGGCUUGUCCGAGUCGGCCGGAUCGGCAGCUCCAGCCAAACCGCUGUCCGACGACCAGCCAAUUCUUGGAUCUACGCGCGUGUCCACCGAUUCGUCUUCUUCCUCUGCCUCUCGACCAUCCCGCGCUCUCUCGAAUUCCUCCCGUAGUGCGGCCUAUGCCUCUGGCAGUACCAUCGGUUCGACAUUUGAUUCGAUAUUGGACAACCCCGAGGCCGAGAAGGAGGAGGCCAAGGCUGCUGCGACACACCCAGAUUUUGCUUCUGACCGGCUGGAUUCUGCGGAAAAGGCGAACGCUGCGCCCUAUGCCCGACAAUGGCAUUCUCGCAUCAGUUCGAAUGGGCGAUCCACGGCAAACACCCCGCAAUCCGAACAGACUGUCCCGGAAAUCGUCGAAACCCCACCUGCGGAUUCUAAUCGCGGACAACCAAGCCAACAGUCCCCCACGAGUCGAACUACCGAACGCGAUGUACCCUCGUCAUAUUCAGCAAAGACUUCGUCAACCCAUGAUUCAGCUCCCAACAAGCGGUCUUUGAUGAGCGGACAACGCAAGGAUACGACCACAACGACCCUUAACGAUUUCACCAAUAAUCCUCAGAUGAUACCUGGCAAUAAUACCCGGACGGAUAGUCUCUCAUUUAUCCCGACCAUGCCCGAGGAACAGCGCAAGUCCGAGGAGCGCAAAUCCGAGGGCAAGAAAUCGAAGAAAGAAUCGGAAGGCGGCCGCAAGUCCAGCUGGCAUUGGCUCCUGGGCAGCGAAGAGAAAGAUAAAAAGAAGGAUAAAGAUGGCGACUCCAAAAAGUCGAAGUCGAAGUUUUCUGACAAGAUCCAUACCAAUGCGAAAUCAGAGGCGCCACCGCCGACUUCCAUGGACAAUAGCUCACGAGGCAGGGAAAGCCUCAUUCUGGAUCGUCUCGACCCGAAAUUGGAGGAAGAGCGACGGAAGGAUGGCGUUCGGAGAGCCUCGGGAGAAUCAAAGAAAGAGAAAGACGGGAUCUUCUCAUCAAUCUUUGGUGGUGGUCGAAAGAAGCACAGUGGAGAGGGCCACCACCGGAAGAACUCUUCCCGCAACCUAUCCCCUGAUCCCCCCAUGCGGGAAUUGCGUGCGGACAUCGACUAUCCUUGGACUCGAUUUUCCAUUUUGGAAGAACGAGCAAUCUACCGGAUGGCCCACAUCAAGCUUGCCAAUCCCCGACGUGCUCUCUACUCUCAGGUAUUGUUGAGCAACUUCAUGUACUCAUAUCUGGAGAAGGUGCAGCAGAUGCACCCUCACAUGAUGGUUGCAUCCUCUGGAUCCCAGCGGUCCUCAAAGUCAAGGGACCAGCCAGAUGAGUACCUCCAAUACCAGCGAUAUCAAGAGGUGAGUACCGAACUUGAAGAUAGCCCAGAAGAAACGACUGUCGAGAAGUCUGCACAAGAGCAACAACAAUACGGGGAUAGUGCAUAUGAUGACCCAUCCAUGUAUGACUACGACGACGACCCGCACGAUCGGUACCAGUCCCACGGAAGGAAUGGUAAACACGGCUAUGAGAACGGCCAUGCCUACGACUCGGGACAUUACCAGUAUGGGCACUCUUCCUUCGGUCAUGAUGCCCAGCUGGAUGACGACGAUGACGAUGAUAUGUGGUGA